AUGGUUGCUUUUUCUUCUUUGCUUUUGGCUCUUGCGGUGGGCUCAGUUGGUGCUUCGUUAUUGCCGCAUAAGUUGGACUCGUGUGGACCGAUCAACCAAGCGACUAGAAAAGAAUGGGGCCAGUUGACGCCUGCCGAGCGCAUUGAAUAUACCGACGCCGUACUCUGUAUGCAAAAGCAACCUCAGCAUCUCCCGAGAGAGGAUUUCCCCGGCGUUCGGAAUCGGUUCGAUGAUUUUGUGGCAACCCACAUCAACUACACCCUCAACGUCCAUUACAGCGGUCUGUUUCUGCCAUGGCACCGACACUUCCUCUGGCUCUGGGAGACAGCUCUCCGCGAUGAGUGCGGAUACAAUGGACAACUCCCGUACUGGAACUGGCCGCACUGGGCCAACAACCUCGCCGCCAGUCCCCUCUUCGACUGUAGCGACAGCUCCCUCUCCGGCGACGGCGAAUACAACCCCGACGAAGUAAGCAUCCAAGGUGGCAGCGUAACCCUGCCCAGGGGGAGCGGCGGCGGCUGUGUCCGCUGCGGGCCCUUCAAAGACAUGGAACUCCACCUGGGUCCAUUUUCCAGGAAUCUUGCCUCGUUCACUGAAAUCCCAGCUCCGGCAUUUGAGUAUAACCCGCGCUGCUUCAACCGAAGCCUCAACAACUUCGUCAGCACCAACUACAACAACGAAACCAUCGUUGACAGACUGCUCGCCUCGACCGACAUCGUCGACUUCCAGACUGUCAUGGACCACUGGCCCGCCAACGCCGAGGGUGUUCUCGGCGUCCACGGCGGCGGCCAUUUCAGUCUAGGCUCAACACUCCAAGAUCUUUUCGCUUCACCACAGGAUCCGGCUUUUAUGUUGCAUCAUGGCAUGAUUGACCGGUUGUGGAGUCAGUGGCAGGCUCGGGAUGAACGGCAUCGCCGGUUCGCUUUAAAUGGCACUAGUACUAUCCUCAACCCGCCCGAAGGAAUCCGGGUCACCUUGGAUAUGGACAUGGAGUUCGGAAUUUUGGAUCGGCCGCGGUCGGUUCGUGAUGCCAUGGACCCGACCAGAGCUGGGUACUGUUAUUCGUAUACUUGA